GUCAGCGUCAUUUGUACGAACGCUGCCGUACUGUGCAUGGAACAGGACGAUUCGGAAAGCGCGGCCAACUGCGAUAGUGAGCCUUCGGAUCGCGAUCGUCACCCGUCGACAAGAGGUCGACGACUUAGACAGAAACCAACCAAGGGCCAGCGGAGUUCAGUUUCCUUUUCUCCGUUCAGGGACGUAGCGCAAAAUGGCAAUUUGGAUGCGUUCUCGCAUAGUCAGCGUCUGGUAAUAGGAACUAACAAUAACCUGUACAAAGACUGGAGCGAUGAAGUGUGUUUAGGAUGCAAGGGAGAUUGCACUUGCUCAAAGUGCUCCUUCAAAACCACUAACAUGUUUAAUUUAUUGGAGGCGCAAAGCCACGUGAUCAGCGACUGCAACCUCAAUAGGACACCGGUGGUAAGGCCGCAGACCAGCCUCGACAAAGCCUGCUUGAAGUCCGCCGGUAAGGUGCCGUGCGCUCCUGUCCGAGCCGUCGCAACGAAAGAUUUCCCUUUCGGUGACGCGGACAGAGACAGGCCACCGCGACGUACUGUCGGCUCCGAAGACUCUUGCGUUAGCACCACUAGCGAGGAAGAAAGUGACCAGGAAAUGCCAGCUGUCAGGUAA